AGUGGCUGUUUCUCGUCCGUGAUAGUUCGAUCCAUCGCUCCGAGCCCCCCCUCCUCCAAACCCGACCCCGGCCUCUCCUGGCGACGCCAGGGAAGUCGGAGUGCAAUAUCCAGAGAGUAUCGUCGACUUCCCCCCCAAAUGCCCCAAGUGAGCAGUCGUCAAGCUCAAAGUCGUUGAAAUGAAAUGUGAUUUUUUUUUUUCGUUUUCCGUUUUUGUUGCUGUUGUGAUUGCCUCACUAUUACCUUGCUGUUGUUUUGAUGUUGUUUUGUUGUUUGUCGUUUUGGUGUUGUUGUUUUCCCCAGUGUCUUCUUGGUGUCUUCUUGGUGUUUUUCUGGUAUCUUAUUGUUGCCUUUUGGGGUGUCGGUUUUUUUUUUUAGUUGAAAUUCGUUUUGAAAUUUUUUUGAAGUAUUUUGUGAUUUUCUUUGUCCAUAAUUCGGAAAGGAUUAAUGACCCCGUCGACAGUGAUUAGUUAAACGUUAUAUUCGAAACCAAGAAAACAAUAGUACUGUUCAGUUAGGAAAGGGAUUAAAGG